AUGAAGUGUAAAAAUCAAAGAAUGUCUUCAAGGUCGAAAAAGAUAAUGGAAUUGAUUAAUUUUACAACUGAACCUGCUCAUGAUACAAAAGCUCAAAUUCAAGAUCCCAUUCUGAACCCAGACCCUAGUCAAUCUCCUAUAGAUGAAGAUAGUUCAGUUCAGAAUGAUGUAGUUGAUGUCGCGAUGUUACGUGAUAUUACUAAUAAACUUGAAAACCAGCGUUAUUACAAUGCUACGGACUUUUUUGUUAACUACAAUGUUUCACCCGUACAUUCUGGUGAAAUAAGUGCAGAUAUCAGCGACAAUGACGAUCCAACCUAUGAUAGUCAAAUAAAAAAAAAGAAAAUAGAACCAGUACAUCCUUCAUCACGUCGAUCAACAUCUAGCUCCAGCAGAUCCUCAUCCUCCAGUUUAAGCAGCUCCGGCAGUUCCAGCAGUUCCUCAUCUUCAUCUUCUGAUGAUGAUACUGUGCUAAUGGACAGUCAACAAACGGACAAGAAACAAGUAAAAUUGAAAACUGAAAUGAACGAACUCAACAUAGAAGAAGAAAUAGAGAUUAUUAAGAAGAAAGGUAGAAAGCGCACAAGUAAUCCUCAAAAAUGGAAACAAAACUUAAAUAAAAUUCUAAGAAAUUCUGGACGAUCUUAUGAGACUACGAAAAAGAAAACUGUUGCGGCUCGUGAAGUGAAACCACCUUGUACAGACAAGUGCAGGCUUAAAUGUUAUGAAAAGUUUACAUCUCUUCAAAGACAGGCUAUUUUUGAUACCUAUUGGAAUAUUGGUGAACUCAAUCUGCAGCGAUCGUUUAUUCAGUCUUGUAUGUCCGAUGUUACUCCUAGGUAUAAAUAUACAAACGCCAUGCGCCCGAGGCAAGCUAAUAAAGCUUUUCAUUUUAUAGUAAAUGGUAGACCAAUCCGGGUUUGUAAACCAUUUUUUGUUGGUACGCUGAAUAUAUCCGAUCGUGUUAUUCGUACAGUAAUCCAAAAGUGUCAAAACCAUGGAGUUUUGCAAAAUGAUCGAAGAGGUAAACACGACAACCACACCACUACUGAUGAAACACUGAUUUCAGACAUUAAAACUUUUAUAGACUCAAUACCAAGGGUUCCGUCACACUACACAAGGCAAACAUCUACUCGCGAAUACAUAGACGGGGGCAAAACUAUUACAGAUCUCUUCAAUGACUUCAAGGUAGCGCAAGAGAAGAACAGUAAGCCCUAUGGCGAACAGUUGAACGAAGAAUUUAAUGCGUCUCAGCACCAUCUAGUGGCAAGU